GUUACGGGAUCUAAGUCACGAAGAUGAAGAGUUUCCUGGGGUACAGCCGUUAGGGGCAGAUCGAAAACUAUAUCAAGGUCGCCUCUGCACAUUUCUGUAUCGUUAUUCAAUACGCUAUCUACAUCUUCCUCUUUACUUCUCAACCUCAUUUCACACGCAAUAUGCGUUUCUCUACAACAAGCACGUUGCUCACACUUCUGCCCUUGGCGGCUGCAUGGCCCAAUGUCAUGGAGAUGGACAGGCAAUUGAAGAAGCGUGAGGAGCCUCCACCUCGCGCUCCAGUGUUCAAGUCGGGACGACCGAACACCGGACUGCCACCUCUUGGCUUUGACGCAAAUGAGCAGCUUGUUAAGGUGGGAUCUGGAAGUGGAAACGAAUUCCAAUCUCCUCGAACAGGCGAUAUCCGCGGACAAUGCCCCGGUCUGAAUGCUGCUGCCAAUCAUAACUUCAUUCCCCGUAAUGGCCUGGUCACUACGGCACAGACUGUGGCGGGUCUGGGUAAGGCAUACAACAUGUCUCCCGAUCUCGCCCUUUUCUUGGCUGUCGUCUCUAUCGCCCUUGCCGGAGACCCAGUCUCGAACCGCUGGUCCAUUGGUGGAAAGUUCACUCCCACUAUCCCAAUCUUCCCGGCAAAUGGUAUUGCAGGAACGCACAACCAAUACGAGGGAGAUGCAUCCAUCGUGCGCGGCGACGCCUACCUUAACAAUGGCAACGUCGGCGUCUUCCAGAUGCGAUCAUGGGAGCACCUAUACGAGUUGGCCGACUCAUACACACUGGACGACGUUGCCGCCCAGUCAGACUACGUCACUCGCUGGUCAAUCCUCAACAACCCAUACUACUUCUCUGCUCCCUUCUCGGGCAUGGUUGCGCCUGCUGCGCACAACUUUGUCAUUCACUUCAUGUCCAACCACAGCGCCGAGAACCCCGGUGGCUUCCUUUCUCGCGACGUGCUCAAGAGCUUCUUUGGUGUCACUGGUGAUGCUCCCGGCAACUUUGUCCACAACCGUGGUCAAGAGCGCAUCCCAGAGAACUGGUAUAAGCGCCCUGCUGCAAACGCCUACAACAUCCCCGAGGUUCUCGUUGAUGUCCAAAUCAACAACGCAAUGUAUCCCGGUAUUGUUCGUAUUGGUGGCAACACAGGCACCACGAACAGUUUUACUGGUGUCGACAUCACUGAUGUUACUGGGGGGCUGUUCAACGCUGCUGAUCUCGCCGACGGCAACAAGGCUGCUUGCUUCCUGCUGCAGGCUUCUCUCGCAGGCCUUCCUGAUAUUACCAACCCACUCCUCGGUCUUGUAGGCAGUGUGCUCGGCUGGACCAAACAGCAGCUUGGGCCGCUCGGCACUAAGUUUGGAUGUCCUCAGUUGUCUGCCUUUGAUAACCAGCUCUUCACCCCAUUCCCUGGUGCUAGCUUUAAGGGCAGCGGUAAUGCUUAAGUGGGC